CUGUCCGCGGGCCAAGUGUCGGGAGCCCAUUGGUUUGCGCGAGUCUCGCUGACUUUACUUUACGACUGACCUCCCCCAGACUAAAGCGCAGUAGCUGCUCUAAUCAAAUCUUGGCGUUCGCUCUCAUCUCUCUCUCUGGUUCUCGCUCGCUCCCGUUCUCGCGCGUAUCUGUGACCUGUGGUAUAUGAGCUGACUCGAGAGUUAUUGUCUACUCUGAUCCAGUCGUCCAUGGAGGAAAGUGGAUCGUACAAUCUAGGGUUCCGAUUGGAUAUAAAGCAGAUACUAUUAGAAGCCCAGCAUCGGUGGCUGAGACCUGCUGAAAUUUGUGAAAUCCUGAGAAACUACGAAAAGUUUCAUAUUUCCCCAGAGGCUCCAAAUAAACCAGUCAGUGGUUCUGUUUUUCUUUUUGAUCGUAAAGUGUUAAGGUACUUCCGCAAGGAUGGGCAUAAUUGGAGAAAGAAAAAGGACGGUAAGACUGUUAAGGAAGCGCAUGAGAAGCUGAAGGUUGGAAGUGUUGAUAUGCUGCAUUGUUACUAUGCACAUGGAGAGGAUAAUGAAAAUUUUCAAAGGCGCAGCUACUGGUUGCUUGAGCAGGAUCUCAUGCACAUUGUGUUUGUCCACUAUUUGGAAGUCAAGGGUAAUAAGACAAACCUCGGCGGCGUCAGAAACAAUGACAGAGUCGUAUCAAAUUCAGAAAAUGAAAGCUCAUUGUCUUCCAGUUUUCGUGGAACAAGCCCAACCAGCACCUUGUCGUCUGCAUACGAAGAUGCCGAAUCUGAGGGUAAUCACCAAGCAAGUUCCAGAUUUCAUUCAUAUCCAGAGUCUCCAUUGACUGAUGAUAAUCAUUCUGCCCAAUCAAGCUCUUAUAAUCAGCUUUUUAAUCCAGGAAAUCAAAAUGUCCCUGCCUUGAAUUAUGCAUCACUUUUGCGGGGGAACAGAGAUGGAGAUUUUGGUGGAGACAGUCUUGUAUGUGGGGCUCAAGAGACAGGUGAUUUUGCAUUAUGGCAAGAAGUUCUUGGAAACCCCACUACAGGAGAGAUUGCUUACAAACCAGAAACUGGGUUUUCUCUGCCUGUCCAGGCCAAUAGGCAGGCUCUCAACAGUUUGUUUGAGGAGAAAUCUCUUUCCUCAGAUCAAGGGAAUGAUGCAGGGCCAUUUUACUCAUAUCCUGAGCAGAAAGGCCAGUCUGGGGAAAACAACCUUCAAAUGCUCCUCUCUGAUGCAGAAGCUGGAAAUGUAAUGAACCCAAAUAUGGAGAAUGUUAUGGCAGCAAUAGGGAACGAGAACUAUUCUUUCCUCCUGAAGAAGCCUCUGAUUGGUGGUUUGCAAACAGAAGAAAGCUUGAAGAAAGUUGAUAGCUUCUCCCGGUGGAUGGCUAAAGAACUUGGAGAAGCUGAUGGAUUAGAUAUGCAGUCAAGUAAUGGAAUUUCUUGGAGUAUAAUAGGGAAUGAGUAUGACUCCAAUAUGUCAGCUCAACUGCAAGUCGAUACACACACCCUGAAUCCUUCUAUUUCCCAGGACCAGCUUUUUAGCAUUAUUGAUUUUUCACCUAACUGGGCUUACUCAAACCUGGACACCAAGGUCCUUAUCACUGGAACAUUCCUGAAGAGUGAAGAAGAGUUGUCCAAUUGCAGAUGGUCUAUUAUGUUUGGAGAAGUGGAGGUUCCAGCACAGGUUUUGGCAGAUGGGAUUCUUUGCUGCCGUGCGCCACUCCACAACCCUGGUCUUAUUCCAUUCUAUGUAACUUGUUCCAACAGAUUGGCCUGCAGUGAAAUACGCGAAUUUGAAUAUAGAUUUGGACCUGACCAAAAUGCUGAUGCUGUUGAUGUCCAUGGAGAUAGUGCAAUUCUGAUGCAUCUCUAUCAAAGAUUUGAGACAAUAUUGUCCCUGGAGCCCGUAGGCAGUCCUGUAAGUUCCGCAAAAAAUGACCUUGAGAAACAAAGCUUAGUCAACAAAAUCAUUUCGUUGAUGGAGGAGAAUAACCCAGAGUCCAAGCUAACUCCCAACGAUGACACAUCACAUCUGAAGGUGAUCGGGGAGCUGCUCCUCAAAAAGCAGCUGAGGCAGAUAUUUUACUCGUGGCUUCUUCACAGAGUAACUGAAGAUGGCAAGGGGCUUACAGUUAUUGAUGAAGGAGGUCAAAGUGUGUUGCACUUAGCUGCUGCUCUUGGUUUUAAUUGGGCCUUCCAGCCGAUUAUAGUAUCAGGUGUUAGUAUAGAUUUUCGUGAUGUAAAUGGUUGGACAGCACUUCAUUGGGCAGCAUUUUAUGGCAGGGAGGACACAGUUGCUGCCCUUGUGUCUCUGGGUGCAGCUCCAGGAGCACUUACAGAUCCAUCUGCUGAAUAUCCACGGGGUAGAUCUCCUUCUCACCUGGCUUCUUCCCGUGGACAUAAGGGCAUAUCUGGUUUUCUUGCUGAGACUGCCUUGACCACGCAUCUCUCAUCUCUUAAAGUGAAUGAUGACUGUACCAAAGAAGUGUCUGGGCUGAAAGGAAUAUUGACAGUCUCAGAACGCUCAGCGGUACCAACAACUGAAGAGGACGUUCCGGAUACACUCUCACUCAAGGAUUCACUUGCUGCAGUCUGUAAUGCUACACAAGCAGCAGCUCGUAUUCACCAAAUUUUCCGUGUUCAGUCGUUUCAGAGGAAGCAGCUUAUCGAACAGGAUUCUGAUGAAUUGCUGACUCCAGAUGAGCAUGCUAUUUCUCUUCUAGCUGCUAAAGCAUCCAGGUUCAAUCAUUCUGAUGGUGUAGUCAAUGCUGCUGCGCUACAGAUACAAAAGAAGUAUCGUGGCUGGAAGAAGCGGAAAGAAUUUCUGCUAAUUCGACAAAAAAUCGUUAAAAUCCAGGCUCAUGUAAGGGGACAUCAGGCCAGGAAAAAAUAUAAACCUAUUAUCUGGUCAGUGGGGAUAUUGGAGAAGGUGAUUUUGCGCUGGAGACGUAAAGGAAGUGGAUUGCGUGGAUUCAGAUCCGAUGCAGUCCAAAAAGGCCCCGAUACACCUAGCCUCAUGCCGCCACAGGAAGAUGAUUAUGACUUUCUGAAGGAAGGAAGAAAACAAACUGAAGAACGGAUGCAUAAAGAACUUGCUAGGGUGAAGUCCAUGGCUCAAUAUCCUGAAGCACGAGCUCAGUACCGUAGGCUGCUAACUGCUGCACAAGGUUUUCGUGAAACUAAGCAUGAUGCUUCAGAUGUGAUCCCAGACAACAUGGAGGACAUGAUUUACCCAGAGGAAGAUCUACUUGAUGUUGCAAGUCUGUUGGAUGAUGAUACUUUCAUGUCUCUGACGUUCCAAUGAGCUUUCAAGUUUCUCGUCUACAUUAGAUACAUACACCUAGCUACUGACUCUAGCUUAUUCUUACCAUAAAAGCAUCUUACAAGUUUUUAACUUCCCUUUGUAUAUAUUUUGUGCAUGCACACAGAUUACCAGACCUUGCAGAAUGCUUAUAAUGAUAUUUCCCAUUGCUUAACAAGGAUGCAUCUGCAAGUGUUAUGCUGCCCUGAGUUUCCAGUCUUUUUAUAUUAACAGUUCAGUACUUUUGAAGAUAUCUAAUCACUUGAGUAAA